UUCGGUUAAGUGUGAAGAGCGUCUGGCGAAUACCUGAUACGGCUACACUCAAAGACAACAACAUGGGCGACGAAAUGACUACAUCUCACCAGAGGUUUUUACUGGAAAAAGCUAAACGGGAAUGUUACAAACGAAUGGAUCAGGCCCCAAGCAAUAAUUCAAGCGGUCUGUGGUGCAAUCGAACUUGGGACGGCAUUAUGUGUUGGGAUGACACUCCUGCAUCAACAACAGAAAGACAAUCAUGUCCUCAAUAUAUUCAUGGUUUUAAAACAUCUAGUUUUGCUGUCAAAACCUGCACUGAAGAAGGCGUAUGGUACUUCAAUUCCAAGAUUAACAAAACCUGGACCGAUUACUCUUCUUGUGUUCAGGAAUUUUCCAGUAAUUUUCAGGACCAUCUUGAUCGUGUCAAUUCCAUAACAACAUUUGGUUAUGGUGCUUCACUUGUAUCUCUGAGUGCGGCCAUCAUAAUAAUGAUUUCCUGUAGGCGGUUCCAUUACAAAAGCAAUAUUCUACACAUCAACCUCUUCUUGGCAUUUUGUUUUCGCUCCAUUUUCGCCUUGAUGCGUAUCUACUUAUUCACUUACGGAUAUGCCAUGUCAAUUGAUAUGGAAGAGAAGGGCGGUUUAUUAAUCUUCAAACCGGGAUCGCAUUGGCAAUGUCGUCUGCUGUUUACAUUAUUCCACUACGGCAUCGCCGUCAGCCAAUCAUGGAUAUUUAUCGAAGGCCUUUAUCUUCAGAUGUUAUUUUAUCGAACAUUUAUGACUCAACAACGAGGCAUCAAGCUCUACAUCAUAUUUGGAUGGAGCUUUCCACUGCUAUUUUUAAUACCUUGGGUAAUAUCAAGAAUAAAAUAUGACAACACUCUAUGUUGGAAUAUAAACCAAAGACGUGGAAUCCUGUGGAUUAUUAGGGCUCCACUGGUGCUGAUCAUUGUGAUCUGCUUUUUAUUCUUCAUUGAUAACAUUCGAAUACUAUUCAAAAGAACAGUUGCCAGGAUGAGAAACAGAACAUCCAGGAAAUUGGCCAAAUUUACAGUAAUGUUGGUACCGUUAUUUGGAGUACCUAACAUUCUAUUUAUAUUGAUACCAGCUGACUUGAAAACAGCAGUUGAUGUCCCAUACAUGUAUAUAUCGAUGACUUACAGUUCCUUUCAGGGGUUGAUUCUCUCCUUUCUGUACUGUUUCCUUCAUGUUGAGGUAAAUAUAAUCUUAUUAAUUAUGUUGAUGACUCAACUAUCUUACGAACUACAAAUUCUCAAAAGUUGA